AUGCACGGACAUCACAACCUAACAACAGAAACAACAACUACCACGGAGACAACGACCACAACUGACACAUCCACUACGUCCUCCACAGACACAACCACCACGGAGACAACAACGACAACGGAGACACCCACGACGACAGAAACAACAACUACCACGGAGACAACAACGACAACUGAGACAUCCACGACAACUACCUCGGAGACAACAACGACAACUGAGACAUCCACGACAACAGAAACUACAACUACCACGGAGAGAAGGAGAAGAAAUGAGAUAUGA